GUCUAGAUGUACAAUGGGAUGCGACCUCUGUAUGCUCGUCGCAACGAACGGUCCUUGUGUAACCAACAGUCAUCACUAAGACUGACUAGGUUGACACACGGUAUUUUAUAUGCUAAUAUUGUUUUUAGUCUGCCUCCACCCUGCAAUUGUCGGAGACAGACAUCGGGAUUCGUCUCGUGUUUAUGGUUGUUGCAACGUACGGUCUGCUACCAUUUGUAUCAAGGACCAACCGUUCCCGAUUAUUGGACCACCCGCAGUUGGUUUUGCUAAUAGACGCCAGAUAUCGACAGGUCUCACGUUGUGUUGCACGUGCAUCAAAGACACUUUGCCAGUCUCAAAGUUUCCUAGUGACCCAAUUACGCUUGAUGACGCCGCCAUUUAGCGGAAGGAAAUUACGUUCAUUGUGUCACGCUGUAUGUCGUUGAGUGGUUAGUGUUUCGCUUCAUGAUUCACAAUUUACUGGACUACUUUGAAUGGUCGCUUUGCCGCCGGACAACUAGCGCUUCAUAACGCGCACCGCUUUGUCGACCGUGUUGAAGCGAUGGGUGGUAUAUAAUACGCAAGUGCUUGGGAUGAGCUCCUCACCAACAACUCGAACAUCUCAAAGAUUCUGCAGCGCAGAUUUUAUAUUCUAG